UGAUUCACUGAUUUGACGCUGACCGCGGUGGGCGGGCUCAGCUUAGAAAAUUAUAAGGUCAUUUGAAUUACGCCUGCCUGCGCGCUCACCGCUUAUAAUGAACCGAGGGAUAAUAUAAAUUAUUGUGACCCUGGACGGAGGAUGAUCGCAGGGUCAAAGUCGACCCAAAUCGCUCUGGCAUUUUUCUCAGCAGCAGGAGGUCGGUGCGGGGUUGACGACAGGAGAGGAGCGUCUGCCAGGGUGCGUUUCUAUAGCCGGAGGGAGCGAGCAGGCUGGCCUGUAAGCCGAUCAAAGUGAGAUCUCCCACACCGAGUUUCACCUUCCGAUCGCUGCGCAUCUACAUGCUGGAGCAGUGAGAGAAAAGACAGGAAAAGGAUGAUGCGUCUGGCAUGUUGCACAGCGUUGCUGUUUGUGUUGAGGCUGUUGGUGGGCCUGCCAUGGUACCAGGUUCUUCCAGCCAUCCUGAUAUUCUAUCUUGGAAGUGGAGGAUGGAACUUUCUGGAUAUUGUUGCCAAAACAAUUGGCAGAGAUCUACACGCUGCCUAUGUGUUGCUGCGCGUGAAGCUUAACGUUAAGCGCCACGUCAGAGAGAAGAACACUAUUCCUAAGAUCUUUGCUGAAACGGUGCAGCGCCAUGGGGACAAAACUGCUCUCAUCUUUGAGGGGACCGGAGAAAGGUGGACUUUCCGACAGCUGGACGAAUAUUCCAACCGAGUUGCCAAUCUGCUGCUGGAUCGAGGCUUUAAGGAGGGCGAUGUGGUGGCCCUUUUCAUGGAGAACAGAUCCCAGUAUGUGGGGCUGUGGUUGGGCAUGGCUAAAAUCGGAGUCGAAGCUGCUCUCAUCAACUUCAACCUGAGACUAGAAGCACUGGUGCACUGUGUUACCAUCUCCAAUGCCAAGGCUGUGGUGUUUGGUUCAGAGCUGGCUGAAGCGGUGUCUGAGGUCCACAGUUCAAUGAGAAAGGCAGUUCUCAUGUUUUGCUCUGGAGACUAUGACCCCAAGCAAGUACCGCAGGGAACUGAGUGCUUGGAGACCCUGCUGACCGGCGCUUCGUCUCGCCUCCCUAAGCGGCCACAACGCUGCUUCACAGAUCGCCUGUUUUAUAUCUACACAUCAGGAACCACAGGGAUGCCUAAAGCCGCCAUUGUUGUGCACAGCAGAUACUACCGCAUGGCUGCGUUGGUUUAUUACGGCUUUAGGAUGACAUCAGACGAUGUCCUGUACGACUGUCUCCCGCUCUAUCACUCUGCAGGAAACAUUGUGGGAGUUGGACAGUGCCUGAUACAUGGAAUGACGGUGGUCAUCAGAAAGAAGUUCUCUGCGUCCCGCUUCUGGGAUGACUGCGUCAAAUACAACUGCACCAUUGUCCAAUACAUUGGAGAGAUCUGCCGAUACCUACUAAACCAGCCGGUUCGGGACACUGAGCGCCAGCAUCGGGUGCGCAUGGCGUUGGGUAACGGCCUGCGCCAGUCCAUAUGGGAGGAAUUCAUGAAGCGCUUCAAUAUCCCACAGAUUGCAGAGUUUUACGGAGCCACAGAAUGCAACUGCAGCCUGGGCAACUUUGGAAACAAGGUUGGAGCGUGUGGCUUUAACAGCCAGAUCCUGCCUUUCAUAUAUCCCAUCAGACUGGUGAGGGUUGAUGAAGAGACCAUGGAGCUCAUCAGAGGCCCUGAUGGAGUCUGCAUUCCUUGUAAACCAGGCGAGCCUGGCCAGCUCGUUGGCAAGAUCAUUCAGAACGACCCCCUUCGCAGGUUUGAUGGCUACGUCAACCAAUCGGCAACUAGCAAGAAGAUUGCCAAUAGUGUCUUUAAGAAGGGCGACAGCGCCUAUCUUUCUGGUGACGUGCUGAUCAUGGAUAAGUACGGCCACAUGUACUUCAAGGAUCGCACUGGAGACACUUUCCGAUGGAAAGGAGAGAACGUCUCGACGACUGAGGUGGAAGGAACUUUAAGCAGGCUGCUUGAUAUGAAAGACGUGGUCGUUUAUGGAGUAGAAAUCCCAGGUGCAGAGGGGAAGGCUGGGAUGGCAGCCAUCGCUGAUCCGUCCCAAUCCACCGACCUGGAGACAUUUUUCAAAGACAUGGAGAAAGUUCUCCCUCCGUAUGCUAGACCUGUGUUCCUUCGCUUCCUUCCAGAAGUCAACAAGACAGGUACAUUUAAAUUCCAGAAAACAGAGCUGCGUCGGGACGGUUUUAAUCCCACUGCUGUGUCAGACAGACUGUUCUUCCUGGAUUCCAGUAGAGGGCGCUAUGUGCAGCUGGAUGAAGAGCUCUACCGCUCCAUAGUGUCUGGGAAGCACAAAUUGUGACGGCCUGACAGAGCACUACAUCAACUUGUGCACACACUGACAUGCAGACCUUUCAACAAACAAAAGAGGACAAUAUUGCCUGCCCAGGUUAGCAGAACAUGUACAUGGAUUCUAAUGUAAGAGCCAUACGCUUCCAAAGGCCAAUGCACACACAUGCAUAUUUUAUCCCCAAACUUAUUUUGUUCAUUAAUGUUCUAUAAUACAAGAGAUCUACGGACAGCACGCUCAGAAGGACACGCUCUGCUCCAUCCAUCCCUGCUUAAAUCUGCACAGACAUCUCUCUUGCUACCUCAGCAAACAAAAAGAGAGACACAAACCACAGGAACCAGGUUCUCUCUGGAACUUCAAACAUCUGCUCAGUGCACCACAGUCCUUGAAAACCCUUACCAACAUGCUUUUCUAGCACGAAAUAAGGAAAACACUCUGCCUGGAAUCCAAAAAGUUGCAACUGCAGAUUUUAAACAAAGGAUACUGAAGAACUGUGAAAUUAGCUUCGCACAUAAAGUGUGCAGAACAUCGAAGGGACCUUUGUGCACCUAAGUUAUCUCAGUUCGUGUUAUUAUGUUAUGUUGUAGUGUGAUUAGUUUGUCAAAGAUGGCGCCUCUGCUUUUGACUUAACCUGCACAGCUAGCCAGAAAGUAACAAAACACGAUAACCCACACCAACUAAAGUUCAGCUUUUCUCAAACAUGAGUCAUUCCGACCUUCUUGCUCUCCAAAGCAUCUAGGCCUCUCUAAUAAAAGGGAACAAAAUACAAGCAGCUGGAGUGAACGAACAGACCUGAGGUAACAGCUUUAAUGUGCAAUAACUCUCCAGCAUCUGCAGUGCAAUAAUCAGCUGCAAACCAUUAGAAUUUUUGUUUUUAUUUAUUUAUUGAAAUGUCAGCAACUUACCAAAUAUUUUAUGAUUAUGUUUACAUAUUUUAGGUUAUAGAGUGAAUCUGUAUUUUAACAUUCUUUUGCUGUAUGUUCAUUUAAAUUCCAUCCUUCAUUAUAGCCUGGAAUCUAUCAAAACAAACCCACCAAAUGGUUUUUAUAUUGGCUGCUGGAAAACAAAGUAAUGCAACUUGCUAAAGUCAACCCAGGGUUAAAUAAUGUCUGACUUGCCUCCUGAAAUUUUGAGGUUAUGUGGCCGUAUUGUGCAGGUUCUGUCUGAAAAAGUAGACUUUGAUCAUCUUUGCUUGUGUGUGUGUGUUUGUUGCUGUGUGUGUGUGUUCAUUUAAGCAUAUGAAAAAGGACUUGACUGAAUGCAGAAGGACUACCUGAUCAGUGAAGACUUCAUGGGGUGCUAAAGAAAAUCAUUUUUCUUCACAUUUAAGAGAGCUCGUAUGAUCCAAAGAUUCAAAACCGGUAAUGGAAGAUUUAAACUGGAGCUAAGAUGGAAGAGAAAAGUCAGAAGUUUACUUUGUCCACUAUGGAUCAUUUUAGGGGCUUUUUAAUUCUCAGUUUGAACCACUUUCUCUACAGUUUGGAAGGUUAUGCAACAUAUAGGCAACUUGAAUGAACAGGUAUUAGGUUAUUAAAAUGCUGAAUUAUAUGGUGGAUUAUCCCUAAUCGGUGCAAGAUGAAUGCAUACAGCUAUAGGAUCAUAUACAUUCAUGUGCCCCCAUUGUUAAUUGGUGAAAUAUCCCUUGAUUUAGCUUAAUCACACACUUACUGUAGCCAUCAGAGAGCUUCUGGUAUAAUCCUGGCUGAAUAUUUGACCGCAGCUCAUUUAUAUAGCUUAGUUUCUUAGUCUAGACCUGAACUUUAAGCUUAGUCAGUACAUGUUCUAUGGGUCAGGACUUGGUGUAGGUAUGCUGGUAGUAGUAUCAUGCUGCAGGACUGUAGAUGAAGAUUAAGGAUUGGUUCAAAUUUCGUUGAAGUUUAAUGUUUUAAACUUGGACAUGGUUGGAUGUUCCAAUAAGACAAUAAUCUCAAACAGACAUAUGAAGAAAACAACAAAACAUUAAACUUCUGGAACGGCCUUGAUCUCAGUUCUGUUUAAAAAGUUUACCUGCCAGGAAACUAACCAUUUUACAUUAGCUGUUGCAUUUCAGCUGAGAGGAUUGUUGAAACAUAAGGCCAAAAUCAUGUUGAUGGCGACAAGCAGCAUGUGGAUUUGAGAGUAUUUUUGAUGCGGUGUGGUUGCAGGAAGAAAUCCACCAGAAAAUUCCAAACUAACUCUGAUUUUUGUUCUUAAAACACCACAAUAGAGUGCAAAUGAAUCAUUAUACGCCAGAAAUGAAUGACAUUCGAUCCCUUGUUGAAUGCAUGUCAACCUCUGUCUGGAACUCUAGCUAAUGUUACUGUCCAUGGCUUGCAGCUGCUCACACGAAUGAAUGCGAAUCAUCCACCACAUGCAGAGCUCUGUGCCUUACUGCGAGUUCACCUCCCAGAUCCACAGGCCCUGGCCCUCACAUUUUCAUCUGUUUCUGCUCGUCUGUCUGCAGCUUCAGUCUUUUCUAAUCUCAUCUCUAAAUAUCAGUGUUGCUAUCUAGGUUUAGCUGUUUAACUUUAAGCAUCUUUUAAGAACGUCUUUUAAUCUGCAAUAACUGGGUGGUCUAUUCAUCCUAUCAAGAGCAAGAAUACUUUAUCUCCCAUACACUCUGGUUUUAAAUUUUCUGUCCUAAUCUCUUUUUCUGCUUUGUUUACCAUCCCGCCUUCUGUUGGCCGCACCUGUUCCACUGUCUUUAUUUCUGCCCGUUUAGUUCAGUUGAACUUGUGCCGUUUCAGAUUUAUUUGGACUGUUCAAGAUUUCUGGGGAUGAUUUUUUUUUUUUGGGGCUGAUUUGAAUAGUCGGUUGUUGCUCUAUAACCUUUGACCAUGCGUUGCAUCCUGCAGUCACUUUCAGCCCAGUGGGGAAGCCUGUCGUCUUUGUUUUCAGUAGACCGAUAAAAUCUGUCUUGAAACAUGUUUCCUUAGUUCAUAUAUUGCACUAACGGACACAGGUGGUCCUCUGGCUUUUAUUCACCCAUCAUUCCUUCAAGUCCUGAGAAAAACUCCAAUGCAGCCGUUCAGGAGGUCUGAGUUUAUUCCAGCCUCCCUUGUCUCUUUCUCUAGGGUAUUUAUUCUUUAAUGAUGAGUGUAAAAUGUUCUACGAAUGUUUCUUUUUUUUUUUUGGAGGGGGGACUGAACAAAUGACUGAUUUGCUGUUGUGAAGUAAAGUGUGAUUUGGAAACGUAAAGGUUAAGCUGUUAUGACGCUCUAUAAUGGCAGAGUUGCAUUUAUUAACUCUUACCACUAGGGGGCGGGUGAUUAAACAGCCCUGGAGCACAACACUCUGAGGAAGAUGUUUCAUUUUUAUAUUUUAUAAUUAGCUUAAAUUAUUAAAUUUUUUAAGAACCUGUUGAUUGUUCUCUGAAUUUUUGUUUUUUCUUUCUCGCUGCUUAUUGUCCUUUGUGUGAAAUCAUAGGUUUUUGGUUUUGGCUUGAAAGGGGAUUCGUGUUUGGAUGGAUGACAAUCGAAUAACCAUUUUCAAACAUGAUAUCACCCCAGAGAUACACAAGAAAGGCUAAUAAUACUGAUCACAGCCUGUCUGAUAUGCCAACUCCAUGUUUGUAAAAAUUAGAUGGGAAUUAUAGUGUUCUUGCACUUCUUUUCUUUAGGAAGUUUGGGGUUGGCAUCUAGAUACAAAUUUCUAAGAGAUUAAAAUGUUAUUCUCCAAGCACCUGUAUAUUCUUAAAGUUUUAUUUGAGAGAUUCAGAUUUAAAUUCUUAUUUAUAAUAAUCUUUUAUGUGCAUGAACUUGCCAAAUUAAGGUGAUUCGGAUUCUCAAUAAGAAUUUUAGACAGUCAAAAUAUAUUUUUAGCAUCUAAAGGGAAAAUAAUUGUUAGAAACACUUGAAUAAAUAGUUUUCCCCAAUUAUCCGAUCAAUCGACACUAGAGUUUUUGAGUGUGGAUAAAGUUUAAUAAACCAAUAAACCUGUUUUAAUAAUGCAUCUUGUCCUUUUGCCUCAACCUGGCUUUUCGCACUUUUUAUUUGUCAUUCCUUACGGUGUGGGCAUUUCUGCCUCGGUGUGUUUCUGUUUUUAUUUUACCGUGUUGUUGCACUGGCAGCUGUUGUCAACCUGUGCAAUGUGUGAAGGGAAGGUCUGUGAGGUGAGCAACAAACAAACACACAGAUGUCCUGCUCACUCAAAGCUAGUUGUGCACACACUGUAUGUCAAGAAAGGGAGAUGGAUGCAGUGCUGCAAAUGGAAGAAUAAUUAUUAAUAAAACU